AUGAGCAGUAACAGCAAGAAGCCACCGGGAGGCAAGGACGACAAGAAGAAUCCCUCCAGCAAAGAGGAGAGCCCGUCGGGCGGGAAGGACGAUGGUGGUUCGGCCUCGACCGGAAGUAAUGGGGCUGCGGCCGGAGGAGAGCCGUCGCAGCCCGGAAGCAAGCCCAGCUCCGCUGGAGCGACCGCCAGGGGGGGCCUGGCGGCUCGCGGCGAGUGGGCCCCCGUGGACCAGCUGCUCAAAUCUCUGGAGAAGACGGUGCAAAGUGCGGGGGAGGAUGGCUUCAUCGUCCCGCUCGCCGGUGUUCUGGACCCGAUGACGGGGAUGACACCAUUGAUGUACGCAGUGAAGGACAAUCGCAGCGCGCUGCUCGAUCGGAUGAUCGAGCUCGGAUCCGACGUGACCGCCAGAAACAAUGAUAAUUACAAUGCUCUCCAUAUCGCUGCUAUGUAUUCGAGGGAGGACGUUGUUAAAUUGUUGCUGUCCAAGAGAGGCGUUGAUCCCUACGCUACAGGAGGACCGAGACAACAAACGGCGGUUCAUCUGGUGGCGUCAAGACAAACAGGCACCGCGACGUCGAUUCUACGAGCUCUACUGGCCGCUGCCGGACGGGACAUCAGGUUAAAGGUCGACGGGAAAGGAAAGAUACCACUUUUGCUGGCAGUCGAGGCUGGCAAUCAGUCAAUGUGCCGGGAACUUUUGGCGCAGCAAGCGCCUGAUCAGCUUCGGGCCACCACGCCAGCAGGUGAUUCUGCGCUGCAUUUAGCCGCUAGAAGAAGAGACAUCGACAUGGUGCGGAUCCUGGUAGAUUACGGCGCCCCCGUCGACAUGCAAAAUGGCGAUGGGCAAACGGCGUUACAUAUAGCGAGCGCCGAAGGUGACGAAACCUUGGUGAAAUAUUUUUACGGUGUCAGAGCCUCCGCGUCCAUCACGGAUCAUCAGGAUCGAACGCCGAUGCAUCUGGCCGCGGAGAACGGCCACGCUUCCAUCAUCGAGCUGCUGGCCGAUAAAUUCAAAGCGAGUAUCUUCGAAAGAACGAAGGACGGCUCGACUCUGAUGCAUAUAGCAUCGCUGAACGGGCACUCGGAAUGUGCCACUAUGCUCUUCAAGAAGGGCGUAUAUCUGCACAUGCCAAAUAAACGUGGGGCUAGAUCUAUUCAUACGGCUGCAAAGUACGGUCACGUGGGUAUUAUUAGCACUUUGCUGCAACGUGGAGAGAAGGUGGACGCGAUAACUAACGAUAAUUACACGGCACUCCACAUAGCCGUGGAAAGUGCCAAACCGGCUGUCGUGGAAACGCUUUUAGGAUACGGUGCGGAAGUGCACGUGAGGGGUGGAAAACUUCGGGAAACUCCACUUCACAUAGCCGCCAGGGUGAUCGACGGUGACAGAUGCGCUCUGAUGUUACUGAAAUCCGGAGCAGGACCCAAUUUGACAACUGACGACGGCCAAACCCCCGUCCACGUGGCAGCCAGUCACGGGAAUUUAGCGACGCUCCUUUUGCUUCUCGAAGAUGGGGGAGAUCCUAUGUUUAAGUCAAAAAACGGAGAGACGCCUUUGCACUUAGCCUGCAGGGGUUGCAAGGCGGAUGUGGUUCGGCACUUGAUAGAAUUUGUAAAGGACACGAAAGGUCCGGAAGUGGCAACCGCCUACGUGAACAGCCUAACCAAUGAUGGUGCCAGCGCUCUUCAUUACGCCGCUCAGAUCGAACCUUCGGAGGUCAUCGUCCCUGGUGACGAUCGCGCCGUUGUACGUGCUCUCCUCGACAGUGGCGCGGAUGUCUCGUUGCAAACCAAACAGGCCCAGGAAACUGCCUUCCAUCAUUGUGCUCUCGCGGGCAACAACGAGAUCCUGGAGGAGAUGAUCAGUCGGAUGUCGUCCACGGAUGUGCAAAAGGCCUUGAACCGACAGAACGCUGUGGGUUGGACGCCGUUGCUGAUCGCCUCCAAUCGAGGCCACAUGGAACUGGUGACGACUCUCCUCGCCAAUCACGGUAGAGUCGACGUGUUCGAUCUCGAGGGUAGAUCCGCUCUGCAUUUAGCCGCGGAACACGGCUACUUGCAAGUGUGCGACGCGCUGUUGGCGAACAAAGCUUUCAUAAAUUCCAAGUCCCGCGUGGGAAGAACCGCCCUGCAUCUGGCCGCUAUGAACGGUUACACGCAUCUCGUUCGUUUUCUCAUCCAGGAUCACGGCGCUGCGAUAGACGUGCUCACCCUCAGGAAGCAGACUCCCCUUCACCUGGCGGCGGGAGCCGGCCAGUUGGAGGUCUGCAAACUUUUACUGGAUCUCGGUGCCAAUAUAGACGCCACGGACGAUCAGGGACAGAAACCGAUCCACGCCGCGGCUAUGAACAACUUCGCCGAAGUGGUGCAACUCUUUCUGCAGAGGCAUCCCAGUCUCGUGAUGGCCUGCACCAAGGACGGCAACACUUGCGCCCACAUCGCCGCGAUGCAAGGCAGCGUUCGGGUGAUCGAGGAACUGAUGAAGUUCGAUAGACAGGGCGUGAUAACUGCCAGAAAUAAAUUGACGGACGCGACACCGUUGCAGCUGGCGGCGGAAGGUGGACACGCCGAGGUGGUGAAGGUCUUGGUUAGGGCCGGAGCAUCCUGCUCCGACGAGAAUCGCGCGGGUUUCACCGCGGUUCAUCUGGCGGCUGAGUAUGGCCAUGGCCAGGUACUCGAAGUGAUGAGAUCGUCGCAGUCUCUUAGAAUAGUUAGCAAGAAACUUGGCGUCACAGCGCUUCACGUUGCCGCUUACUUCGGGCAAGCUGAUACGGUUAGAGAAUUACUGACUCAUAUACCUGGAACUGUAAAAUCUGACCCACCAACCGGAGGAUCUCUGGUAGGAGAAUUGGGAGCCGAAUCGGGCAUGACUCCUCUUCAUCUCGCCGCUUAUUCUGGAAACGAGAACGUCGUGCGGCUUCUUCUCAAUUCUGCCGGAGUUCAGGUGGACGCAGCGACGACGGAGAACGGAUGGAACCCCCUGCAUCUGGCCUGUUUCGGCGGCCACAUAACUGUCGUGGGCCUAUUGUUGAGCAGAUCGGCGGAGUUGCUGCACAGCGCGGACCGUUAUGGCAAAACGGGAUUACACAUCGCGGCGACCCACGGUCAUUAUCAAAUGGUGGAGGUCCUCUUGGGCCAGGGGGCGGAAAUAAACGCGACCGACAAGAACGGCUGGACGCCAUUGCAUUGCGCGUCACGCGCCGGUUAUCUUGACGUGGUGAGACUGCUCGUAGAGAGCGGGGCAUCCCCGAAGAGCGAGACGAAUCUUGGCUGCGCGCCGAUCUGGUUCGCUGCAUCCGAGGGUCACAACGAUGUACUCAAGUAUCUCAUGGAGAAAGAGCACGAUACAUACGCCCUGAUGGAAGAUAAAAGGUUUGUCUACAACAUGAUGGUCUGCAGCAAGAGUCACAACAACAAGCCGAUAGAGGAAUUUGUUCUGGUGUCGCCCGCACCGGUGGACACGGCGGCCAAGCUGUCCAAUAUCUACAUGAAACUCUCCGAGAAGGAGAAGGAGCGGGCCAAGGAUCUGAUCGCGGCCGGGAAACAGUGCGAGACCAUGGCUACCGAACUGCUUGCUCUGGCGGCAGGCGCCGAUUCGGCCGGCAAGAUCCUGACGUCGAUGGAUCGUCGAAACGUCGAGUUCCUGGACGUGCUGAUCGAGAACGAGCAGAAGGAGGUAAUCGCGCACACGGUGGUGCAGCGUUACCUGCAGGAACUUUGGCAGGGUAGUUUGAACUGGAACGCAUUCCGGACAAUCCUGCUGUUCAUCUCCUUCAUCAUCUGCCCGCCCGUUUGGGUAGUAUUCGCUCUUCCACUCGGGCACAAGUACAAUAACGUGCCCAUCAUCAAGUUUAUGUCGUAUCUCACGUCGCACAUCUAUCUGAUGAUCUUUCUGCUGCUGGUCGGCAUCACGCCGAUCUAUCCGGUAGUGAUGAGAGCGACUCUGAUACCGUACUGGUACGAGUGGUGCCUGCUGGUGAUGCUAUCGGGCCUGUUGCUGUUCGAGCUGACGAAUCCUAGCGACAAGAGCGGUCUGGGCUGGAUCAAGCUAGCGGUGCUGCUCUUCGGUAUAUUCGGCGUGGCGUUUCACCUGAUGGGAUUCGUAAUGAUCAACAAACUGUACUGGCCGACCCUGCUCUACCUGAGAAACCAGCUUUUUGCCCUCAGUUUCCUUCUAGCUUGCGUGCAGAUACUGGACUUUCUGUCGUUCCACCACUUAUUCGGGCCAUGGGCGAUCAUUAUCGGUAAUCUUAUGAAGGAUCUCGCGAGAUUUCUCGCGGUCUUGGCCAUCUUCGUCUUCGGCUUCUCCAUGCACUUCGUCGCGCUCAAUCAGGCCUUCAAGAACCAUCAAAACUUGCAGGAGGUGCGCGCGGAGGAAAGCAAACCGAGAAAGAUAUUCGAGGACGUUAAAGUUAGUGCGAUCAAUAUCACAGAGAAUCUUCUCUUCGCCAUUUUCGGCAAAAAAGAUACCGACGACUUUACAAUUUCGUUGAAAAGGAAUCAGCAGCCAAGGUGGACGGUUUAUUUCUUCAAGAUAUCAUUCUCCUUAUAUAUGCUCGUUAGCGUCAUAGUGAUGAUUAACUUAUUAAUUGCUAUGAUGAGCGACACGUAUCACAAAGUGAUAUCGCAGAGUGAUAUCGAAUGGAAGUAUGGUCUCAGCAAACUAAUACGUAAGAUGCAAAAAACAAAAACCGCGCCAGCCCCGUUAAAUCUCAUUACUACAUGGACGGAGUAUUUGAAGAGUGUCUGUAUAAGAAAACGCAAUGCAAGGCAAAAGAUUGACAGAUCUCAUGGUUACAUGGAACCCGAUGUGCAUCAAAGAGACUUUCCGAAAUAUCCACUUUCCAGCAAUAACAGAAUAAUUCCACGAACAAAGGACAGCGUCAAUUUUUCAUUACUUCAAUUAAGUCCGGCCAACAGUCAAAGUUCCUUGAGUAAUAUUUCGAGGAUAGACAACGUCGUCGAUUGGGAUACAAUUCGUCGAAAAUAUCGCAUGCAAUUUUGCGGCAAAAUCGAGAAAUCGUCCGAUGGGGUGGCAAAGCUUGCUAGAAUGGCUUAACUAAAUAAAAUCUAUGCAACAUAUAUAUGUGUGCAAUAUAUAG